CCAGGCGUUCUUGCGAGUAGCGGCAGGUGGGUAACUUUGAAGGAUCCCACAUCGCUGCGUACUAUGGUAAUGGAGUAAUGGAACAAACGGCAAUGCUAGCCUUGGGUCUACAAAAGAUUGCGGGCAAGAAGACUCCCUGGCGGGAAGCUUUUAUGAAUACUUCUUGGAUCCAUCCUGCUAUACAGCCAGUACACCACCGGGGAUUAGGCCACCCAUCGAUUCUGCUUGAUCUUUUGUGGUCAGGUCUGACUCCAGCUCGUCUGUGUUCAUUAACACCAUCCAGUACGACAAGAUUGCCGGAUGUUCUGGAAGAGGUUCUCGUGAAUCGUUAACCAGCUCGACGCGCGGGUUCAUAAGCCAGCAUGCACGGAAUUCUACUUGGCACUACCUGCCAUGUUAACUUGACGGGAAACUCGCCAAUCUCACAUCCUUUUCCGUGCAAAACCGCGAGCGCAUCUCCUGUGUGCCCUUCGGCACUUGAGGCCAGUCCAGAUGCUGAGCGCUGAUCGAUGAUCUCCCAUCCACAAGGCUCCUCCUUCCCAACAAUUUGACGACCUGAUCAUUCCCGCCAGCAGCUCUUCAAUAACAAUCGAACCUCUGUGGACAUGUCUGCCAAAGUGGGCCGAGACCCCACUGAAUCGACGAUGACCGCAGCAUCUUCUUGAGGUUGUUGCCUUCCACCAUUCUUUCUAGAGCGUCGUGUCGUCCGGCAAGCUGGAGAAUCUGUGGAGUGGGAUGAAGAGGGGCUUGAGAUUGUGACGUGAAAUGUGAGUGGGCGAGAAAGGACAGUACGCGAUGAUAUGAAGAAUCUGGGAAUGA